ACCUCUGAUGAGAGCCCAGGUCCCGGGGGCUUAUGGUGGCCUGGGCUUCCAGGUUGUGAUGCUAGGAGGGUCCUGGGCCGGGAAGCCCUGAGCAGGGCCCAGGCCAUCCAUGGGGGGGUCAGUGGCCAGCACCUUCCCUUCCGCCUGCAGGCUGCUGAUACGCAGAAGGAAAUCCUGGCGGGUUCCUGUGGGGGUGAGCUGGCGGGGCCUCCUGGCUGCUUUUAAGGCCACUGCCCGCCCCAUCCCGCCUGCCUGCACUGUGCCUGCCUCCUAGAGCUCAUUCCCUACGCCACUGGCUGCCUGACUCUGUCCUGGACAGGGUGCCCGCCAGCCAUGGCAGGACCCCGGGGCCUCCUCCCACUCUGCCUCCUGGCCUUCUACCUGGCAGGCUUCAACUUCAUCAGGGGACAGGGUUUGGAUUCUGGAGUCUCAGCCUUAAAAAGUCUCCAUGAGCCAGGUCCCAGCUUGGGAGAAUUUCAUCCACCUUCUCAGCAAAGGCUUCACAUUCAUGUCUCUUCAACUUCCCCCAGCAGCAGCUGUGUGGCAAGCCGACGUUGCAUAAUCAGGGGCCGUCCAAACGCUGUGAUGUGAAAACCACGCUUGCCACUCACGUACCCUGCACCUCUUGCGCGGCCGUCAAGAAGCAGAUGUGUCCCCCAGGCUGGCUUCGGGAGCUCCCGGAUCAGAUAGACCAGGACUGCCGCUAUGAAGUACAGCUGGGGGGCUCUAUGGUGUCCAUGAGUGGCUGCAGACGGAAGUGCUGGAAGUACAUGUUGGAGAAGGCCUGCUGCCCUGGCUACUGGGGUUCCCAGUGCUAUGAAUGCCCUGGCGGUGCCGAGACCCCAUGCAAUGGCCACGGGACCUGCUUGGAUGGCAUAGACAGGAAUGGGACCUGUGUGUGCCAGGAGAACUUCCGUGGCUCAGCCUGCCAGGAGUGCCAAGACCCCAACAAGUUCGGGCCUGACUGCCAAUCGGUGUGCAGCUGUGUGCACGGCGUGUGCAACCACGGGCCACAUGGAGAUGGAAGCUGCCGGUGCUUUGCUGGAUACACUGGCCCCCACUGUGAUCAAGAGCUGCCCGUCUGCCAGAAGCUGCGCUGUCCCCAGAACACCCAGUGCUCUGCAGAGGCCCCCAGCUGUAGGUGCCUGCCCGGCUACACGCAACAGGGCAGUGAAUGCCAAGCCCCCAAUCCCUGCUGGCCAUCACCCUGCUCACCGCUGGCCCAGUGCUCAGUAAGCCCCACGGGGCAGGCUCAGUGUCAUUGUCCUGAGAACUACCAUGGCGACGGGAUGCUGUGUCUGCCCAAGGACCCAUGCACUGACGACCUUGCUGGCUGCCCCAGCAACUCUACCUUGUGUGUGUACCAGAAGCCGGGCCAGGCUUCCUGCGUCUGCCGGUCAGGCCUGGUCAGCAUUAACAGCAACGUGUCUGGGGGCUGCCAAGCCUUCUGCUCCCCCUACUCAUGCGACCGGUCGGCCACCUGCCAGGUGACCGCUGAUGGGAAGACCAGCUGUGUGUGCAAGCAGGGCGAGGUGGGGGAUGGGCGUGCCUGCUAUGGACACCUGCUCCACGAGGUACAGAAGGCCAUGCAGACAGGCCGGGUGUUCCUGCAGCUGAGGGUCGCCAUGGCCAUGAUGGACCAGGGCUGCCGGGAGAUCCUCACCACAGCAGGUCCGUUCACUGUGCUGGUGCCGUCCAUACCCUCCUCCUCCUCCAGGACCAUGAACGCAUCCCUCGCCCAGCAGCUCUGCCGACAGCACAUCAUCGCAGGGCAGCACAUCCUGGAGGACACGAAGACCCAACAAACACGAAGGUGGUGGACUCUGGCUGGGCAGGAGAUCACUGUUGCCUUCAACCAAUUCACGAAAUACUCCUACAAGUACAAAGACCAGCCCCAGCAGACAUUCAACAUCUACAAGCCCAACAACGUAGCAGCCAAUGGCAUCUUCCACGUGGUCACUGCCCUGCGGUGGCAGCCCCCCUCUGGGAUCUCAGGGGAUCCCAAGAGAACUAUCAGUCAGAUCCUCGCCUCUACCGAGGCCUUCAGCCGCUUUGAAACCAUCCUGGAGAACUGUGGGCUGCCCUCCAUCCUGGACGGACCUGGGCCCUUCACAGUCUUUGCCCCAAGCAAUGAGGCUGUGGACAGCUUGCGUGACGGCCGCCUGAUCUACCUCUUUACAACAGGUCUCUCCAAACUGCAGGAGUUGGUGCGGUACCAUGUCUACAACCACGGCCAGCUGACCAUUGAGAAGCUCAUCUCCAAGGGCCGGAUCCUCACCAUGGCCAACCAGGUCCUGGCCGUGAACAUCUCUGAGGAGGGGCGCAUCCUGCUGGGACCUGAGGGGGUCCCGCUGCAGAGGGUGGACCUGCUGGCCUCCAAUGGUGUGAUCCACAUGCUAGACGGCAUCCUGCUGCCCCCAACCAUCCUGCCCAUCCUGCCCAAGCACUGCAGCGAGGAGCAGCACAAGAUUGUGGUGGGCUCCUGUGUGGACUGCCAAGCCCUGAACACCAGCACAUGCCCCCUCAACAGUGUGAAGCUGGACAUCUUACCCAAGGAGUGUGUCUACAUCCAUGACCCAACUGGGCUCAAUGUGCUAAAGAAGGGCUGUGCCAGCUACUGCAACCAAACCGUCAUGAAACAAGGCUGCUGCAAAGGUUUCUUCGGGCCUGACUGCACACAGUGUCCUGGGGGCUUCUCCAGCCCCUGCUACGGCAAGGGCAAUUGCAGUGAUGGGAUCCAGGGCAACGGGGCCUGCCUCUGCUUCCAAGACUAUAAGGGCAUUGCCUGCCACAUCUGCUCCAACCCAAACAAGCAUGGAGAUCGGUGCCAGGAAGACUGCGGCUGUGUCCAUGGUCUCUGCGACAACCGUCCAGGCAGUGGGGGGGUGUGCCAGCAGGGCACAUGUGCCCCUGGCUUCAGUGGCCACUUCUGCAAUGAGACUGCGAGUUUCUGUGGGCCCAUAGAGAUGGCCGUACACUGCCACCUGCAUGCCCACUGUGUCACCCAGGGGGGCUUUGCCAGAUGUCGCUGUCUUGAUGGCUUUGAGGGCAAUGGCUUCUCCUGCACACCCAGCAACCCCUGCUCCCACCCGGACCGUGGCGGCUGCUCAGAGAAUGCUGAGUGUGUCCCUGGGGCCCGGGGCACCCACAACUGCACAUGCCACAAAGGCUGGAGUGGGGAUGGCCACGUCUGUGUGGCUAUCAACGAGUGCGAGCUGGACACGAGAGGUGGCUGCCACGCUGACGCCCUCUGCAGCUAUGUGGGCCCUGGGCAGAGCCGAUGCACCUGCAAGCCAGACUUUGCGGGGGAUGGCUACCAGUGCAGUCCCAUCGACCCCUGCCGGGCAGGCAAUGGCGGCUGCCACGGCCUGGCCACCUGCCGGGCAGUGGGGGGAGGUCAGCGGGUCUGCACGUGCCCCCCUGGCUUUGGGGGUGAUGGCCUCAGCUGUUACGGAGACAUCUUCCAGGAGUUGGAGGCAAAUGCCCAUUUCUCUGUCUUCUAUGAGUGGUUCAAGAGCACCGGCAUCACGCUUCCUGCUGACCACCAAGUCACAGCCCUGGUGCCCUCUGAGGCUGCCAUCCGUCGGCUGAGCCCCGAGGACCAAGCUUUCUGGCUGCAGCCACGGAUGCUGCCGAAUCUAGUCAGGGCCCAUUUUCUCCAGGGUGCCUUCUUCGAGAAGGAGCUAGCCCAGCUGCAUGGGCAGGAAGUGGCCACCCUGGACCCCAGCACACACUGGGAGAUUCACAACAUUAGUGGGAGGGUCUGGGUGCAGAAUGCCAGCGUGGACGUGGCUGACCUCCUUGCCACCAAUGGUGUCCUACACAUCAUCAGCCAGAUCUUACUGCCCCCUCGAGGGGAUGUGCCUGGUGUGCAGGGCUUGCUGCAGCAGCUGGGCUUGGUGCCUGCCUUCAGCCUCUUCCGGGACUUGUUGCAGCAUCAUAGGUUGGUUCCUCAGAUUGAGGCUGCCACUGCCUACACCAUCUUUGUGCCCACCAACCACUCCUUGGAGGCCCAGGGCAACAGCAGCCGCCUGGAUGCAGACACAGUGCGGCACCACGUGAUCCUGGGGGAGGCCCUCUCCAUGGAAGCCCUGGGGAAGGGUGGACACCGCAACUCCCUCCUGGGCCCUGCCCAUUGGAUUGUCUUCUACAACCACAGUGGCCAGCCUGAGGUAAACCAUGUACCGCUGGAAGGCCCCAUGCUGGAGGCCCCUGGCCGCUCACUGAUUGGCCUGUCUGGGGUCCUGACAGUGGGCUCAAGCCGCUGCCUGCAUAGCCACGCUGAGGCCCUGCGGGAGAAAUGCGUAAACUGCACCAGGAAAUUCCGCUGCACUCAGGGCUACCAGCUGCAGGACACACCCAGGAAAAGCUGUGUCUACCGAUCUGGCUUCUCUUUUGCCCGGGGCUGCUCUUACACAUGUGCCAAGAAGAUCCAGGUGCCAGACUGCUGUCCUGGCUUCUUUGGCAUGCUGUGUGAGCCAUGCCCAGGGGGCCUGGGGGGUGUGUGCUCAGGCCACGGGCAGUGCCAGGACAGGUUCCUGGGCAGUGGGGAGUGCCGCUGCCACGAGGGCUUCCACGGAACAGCCUGUGAGAUGUGUGAGCUGGGCCGCUAUGGACCCAACUGCACCGGAGUGUGUGACUGUGCCCAUGGGCUGUGCCAGGAGGGGCUGCAAGGGGAUGGAAGCUGUGUCUGUAAUGUGGGCUGGCAGGGCCUCCGCUGUGACCAGAAAAUCACCGGCCCUCAGUGCCCUAGGAAGUGCGACCCCAAUGCCAACUGCGUGCAGGACUCAGCCGGAGCCCCCAUCUGUGCCUGCGCCGCAGGAUACUCUGGCAGUGGCAUCUUCUGCUCAGGUCCAGCCACAUGGAUACCCGGGGCCCUUCCUGAAGUUUUGGGGUGGCUGUCCCCACAGAGCCCCUUCACUCCCUCUAGGCCCAGUUGUUCUUGCUGUCCCAUCUCGGGCCUCACCCUUCUCUCUGACUUUUUCCUUUCUCUCACGCCCUCCUCUCCUGUCCCCCCAUGGCCCGUGCCUGCUCCUUACGACUCUCUGGGACCAUCUCCUCUAGAGGUGGACCCCUGUGCCCAUGGCCAUGGGGGCUGCUCCCCCCAUGCCAACUGUACCAAGGUGGCACCUGGGCAGCGGACAUGCACCUGCCAGGAUGGCUACGCGGGUGAUGGGGAGCUGUGCCAGGAAAUUAACAGCUGUCUCAUCCACCACGGGGGCUGCCACAUUCACGCGGAGUGCAUCCCCACGGGCCCCCAGCAGGUCUCCUGCAGCUGCCUUGAGGGCUACAGUGGGGAUGGCAUCCAGACCUGCGACCUCCUGGACCCCUGCUCUAAGAACAAUGGAGGCUGCAGCCCUUAUGCCACGUGCAAAAGCACAGGGGAUGGCCAGAGGACCUGUACCUGUGACACAACUCACACCGUUGGGGAUGGCCUCACCUGCCGUACCCGAGUUGGCCUGGAGCUCCAGAAGGAUAAGCAUGCCUCUUUCUUCAGCCUCCACCUCCUGGAAUACAAGGAGCUCAAGGGCGAUGGGCCUUUCACCAUCUUCGUGCCGCACGCCUAUCUAAUGAGCAAUCUGUCGCAGGAUGAGCUGGCCCGGAUUCGCGUGCAUCGCCAGCUGGUGUUUCGCUACCACGUGAUUGGCUGCCGGCGGCUGCGGAGCGAGGACCUCCUGGAGCAGGGGUAUGCCACGACGCUCUCGGGGCACCCACUGCGCUUCAGCGAGAGGGAGCAGCCCCGUGCCGGUCCCCAGGGCAGCAUAUACCUCAAUGACUUCGCGCGCGUGGUGAGCAGUGACCAUGAGGCGGUGAACGGCAUCCUGCACUUCAUUGACCGUGUCCUGCUGCCCCCUGAGGCCCUGCACUGGGAGUCGGGUGAUACCCCAGUCCUGAGGAGAAACGUCACUGCCGCUGCCCAGAGCUUUGGUUACAAGAUCGUCAGUAGCCUCCUGAAGAUGGCUGGCCUCCUGCCCCUGCUUCGAGACCCAUCCCAUAGGCCCUUCACAAUGCUGUGGCCCACAGAUGCCGCCUUGCAAGCCCUGCCUCUGGAACGCCAGGCCUGGCUGUACCAUGAGGACCACCGUGACAAGCUAGCAGCCAUCCUUCGGGGCCAUAUAAUCCGCAGUGUCGAGGCCUUGGCAUCUGACCUGCCCAAUAUGGGCCCACUUCGAACUAUGCAUGGGACCCCCAUCUCUUUCUCCUGCAGCCGAAUGCGGCCCGGUGAGCUCACAGUGGGGGAGGAUGGUGCCCGCAUCGUGCAGCGGCACUUGCCCUUUGAGGGAGGCCUAGCCUACGGCAUCGACCAGCUGCUGGAGCCACCUGGCCUUGGUGCUCGCUGUGACCGCUUUGAGACCUGGGCCCUGAAAGUGAACACUUGCAGCAUCUGCGGGCUGGAGCCACCCUGUCCUCAGGGGUCACAGGAGCAGGGCAGACCUGAGGCCUGCUGGCACUUAUCCUCGAAGUUCUGGAUGCUCCAUUCGCUGCACCCUUUGGGACUACGCCGCAGCAUCUGGCUCCACCACAAGCUUUGGGAUCAGCCCCACAGCCUGGACAGGGGCUGCCGCCGCAAUUGUGUCACCACCAUCUGGAAACCCAGCUGCUGCCCUGGUCACUAUGGCAGUGAGUGCCAAGCUUGCCCUGGCGGCCCCAGCAGCCCUUGUAGUGACCAUGGCGUGUGCAUGGACGGCAUGAGUGGCAGUGGCCAGUGUCUGUGCCGUUCAGGUUUUGUGGGGACAGCCUGUGAACUCUGUGCUCCUGGUGCCUUUGGGCCCCAUUGUCAAGCCUGCCGCUGCACUGUGCAUGGCCGCUGUGAUGAGGGCCUUGGAGGCUCUGGCUCCUGCUUCUGUGAUGAAGGCUGGACUGGGCCACGCUGUGAGGUACAACUGGAGCUGCAGCCUGUGUGCACCCCACCCUGUGCACCUGAGGCCGUGUGCCGUGCAGGGAACAGCUGUGAGUGCAGUCUGGGCUACGAAGGGGAUGGCCGAGUGUGUACAGUGGCAGACCUGUGCCAGGAUGGGCAUGGUGGUUGCAGUGAGCAUGCCAACUGCAGCCAGGUGGGAACAGUGGUCACUUGUACCUGCCUGCCCGACUACGAGGGAGAUGGCUGGAGCUGCCACGCCCGCAACCCCUGCGCAGAUGGCCACCGUGGGGGCUGCAGCGAGCAUGCAGACUGCCUGAGCACUGGCCUGAACACACGGCGCUGUGAGUGCCACGCAGGCUACGUGGGUGAUGGACUGCAGUGUAUGGAGGAGUCGGAACCACCUGUGGACCGCUGCCUGGGCCAGCCACCGCCCUGCCACUCAGAUGCUGUGUGCACUGACCUGCACUUCCAGGAGAAACGGGCUGGCGUCUUCCACCUCCAGGCCACCAGCGGCCCUUAUGGUCUGAACUUUUCAGAGGCUGAGGCGGCAUGUGAAGCCCAGGGAGCUGUCCUUGCUUCAUUCCCUCAGCUCUCUGCUGCCCAGAAGCUGGGCUUCCACCUGUGCCUCAUGGGCUGGCUGGCCAACGGCUCUGCUGCCCACCCUGUGGUUUUCCCUACGGCAGACUGUGGCAGCAGUCGGGUGGGCAUAGUCAGCCUGGGUGCUCGAAAGAACCUCUCGGAGCGCUGGGAUGCCUACUGCUUCCGCGUGCAAGAUGUGGCCUGCCAAUGCCAAGAUGGCUUCGUGGGUGACGGGAUCAGCUCUUGCAACGGGAAGCUGCUGGAUGUGCUGGCUGCCACUGCCAACUUCUCCACUUUCUAUGGGAUGCUGCUGGACUAUGCCAAUGCCACCCAGCGUGGUCUCGACUUCCUGGACUUCCUGGAGGACGAGCUCACAUAUAAGACACUAUUCGUCCCUGUCAAUGAAGGCUUUGUGGACAACAUGACGCUGAGUGGCCCAGACCUGGAGCUGCAUGCCUCCAACACUACCUUCCUAAGUGCCAACGCCAGCCAGGGGAAGUUGCUUCUGGCCCACUCAGGCCUCAGCCUCAUCAUCAGUGACGUGGGCCCUGACAAUAGUUCCUGGGCCCCUGUGGUAAGUGUCGCCACCGUCCCACCCUGCGGGCGCUGGCCCUCACCAUGGGGCCUGACUCUGGUCUCCCUGCAGGCCCCAGGGACAGUUGUGGUUAGUCAUGUCAUCAUAUGGGACAUCAUGGCCUUCAAUGGCAUCAUCCAUGCUCUGGCCAGCCCUCUCCUGGCACCUCCACAGCCUUGGGCGGUGCUGGCACCUGAAGCCCCACCUGUGGCAGCGGGUGUGGGGGCUGUGCUUGCUGCUGGAGCCCUGUUCUGCCUGGUGGCCGGAGCCCUCUACCUCCGUACCCGAGGCAAGCCCACUGGCUUUGGCUUCUCUGCCUUCCAGGUGGAAGAUGAUGCUGACGACAACUUCUCACCAUGGCAAGAAGAGACGAACCCCACCCUGGUCUCUGUCCCCAACCCUAUCUUUGGCAGCCAUGACGCCUUUUGUGAACCCUUUGAUGACUCACUCUUAGAGGAAGAUUUCCCUGACACGCAGAGGAUCCUCACAGUCAAGUGACGAGGAUGGGGCCGAAAGCAGAGGCACACGCAGGGAGACCAUUUUUAUUGCUUGUCUGGGUGGAUGCCUUGGGUAGAUGGGGCAGGAGGGGCAGGGAGCCUGUCCGGGACAAUAAAGGUGCCCUCAGCGGAUGUGAGCCAUGUCGCUGAGGAAGGGAGUCUUCAUGCA